GAGGCGCCCCGCCCCGCCCCUCGGAGGCUCCAGGUGAGGCUGUGGGACCUCCGCGCCCGGGCAGGGGCCGGCCCGGGGCCGGGGCGCCAUGGCCGAUUCCCAGCUGAGCUGCCUGGACGAGGCGCACGUGAACCCGAAGGUGACCGAGGCUCAGGCCGCCUUCUACUACUGCGAGCGGCGGCGGGCCGCGCUGGAGGCGCUGCUGGGCCGCGGCGAGCAGGCCUACCGCGAGCGGCUCAAGAAGGAGCGGCUGCGGGACUUCCUCUCCAGCCAGGAGCGCCAGGCCCUGUGCACCGCCUGGAGCCCCUACGAGGACGUGGCCGCCGCAGCCCCCGCCGUCCGCGGCAAGAGCAAGAGCAAGGCCAAUGUCCCAGCGAAGGUCCCGGCCGAACCAUGCGAGUCCCUGGCCUACUGGCCGGACCGCUCCGACACCGAGGUGCCCCCCCUGGACCUGGGCUGGACCGACGCUGGCUUCUACCGCGGCAUGAGCCGCGUCACUCUCUUCACCCAUCCCCCCAAGGAGGAGAAGGCGCCCCACCUCAAGCAGGUGGUCAGGCAGAUGAUCCAACAGGCCCAGAAGGUCAUUGCUGUGGUCAUGGACCUCUUCACCGAUGGGGAUAUUUUCCAAGACAUUGUGGAUGCUGCCUCCAAGCGCCGGGUCCCAGUUUAUAUCAUCCUGGACGAGGCGGGAGUGAAGCAUUUCCUGGAGAUGUGCAGGAGCCUGGAGCUGGCUGACUUCCGUAUUCGGAACAUCCGCAUCCGCUCUGUGACAGGCGUUGGCUUCUACAUGCCCAUGGGGAAGAUUAAAGGAACCCUGUCAUCAAGGUUCCUGAUGGUAGAUGGUGACAAAGUAGCCACUGGAUCCUACAAAUUCACCUGGAGUUCCUCCUACGUGGACAGAAACCAUCUCCUCCUCCUGACAGGGCAGUACACAGAGCCCUUCGACGUGGAGUUCCGGGAGCUAUACGCCAUCUCGGAGGAAGUGAACUUGUUCCAGCAGCUGGGCCUGGCAGGAGGCGCUGGUAGACUUGGCCUCGACCGCUCCUCCACUGUGGCACGCAAGCUUAUCAACCCCAAGUAUGCCUUGGUGGCAGGCAGCCGCCACCCACCGGGGGAGAUGAUGCGCUGGGCUGCCCGGCAACAGCGGGAGGCUGAUGGCAGCCCGGAGGGGCAGGAGGAGGGCAGCGGAGGUGGCGAGGCAGCCCGGCGCCUGGAGAGCUUCCUGAAUGACCUGGUUACUAUAGAGCAGGUGUGGCCCCCCGUGGAUCCCAUCCCCUUGACAGAUCUGAGCCACCCGAGGCUAAAAUCCCGAGAGGCAGUCACCCAAAAUGGCAAGGGAGAUGCUGCCAACGGGGGCCCCAUACUGGCCACAGAGGGCAAGCGUUUCAUGGGCAGCAGGUUGUUCAGCCGCCGGGCAAAGAGGCCUGCAGCACCCAGCAGCAGGGCCGGCUCGCUCUCCCCCGAGGCCUGCCCCGACGUGGAGUUUCUGAAGGGGAAGAGGCCCACUGAGGACUCCAGCACCAACAUCUCAGGUAAAACAAGUCCCAGUCCUUCCAAGUCUGGCAAUUGCGUGAUUUCCUGAGCUGCAGGACCUGUGGAU